GAUGGACGGGCGAAUUUCUCACCAACAUCACGGUGGGCCCCACAUAGGUUCCCAACGCAGGAAAUUACUGCUAAAGUCCAGGAAAUGCGGGUACGAUUUAAGAGCAGAGGUAGAGAAGACUCUCUCUUUUUUUUUUUCAUCAUCUUUGUUUUUAUUUUAUGGAUUUUUUAGAAAAAAAUCUUAUUUUUCGAUUUGUAUCAUGGAUUCUAAGGAAGGUAGUGGUGGAAUCCGUCGAUCUUCUUCUUUAUCGUCUAAUCAGGAAUCUUCUAUCUUCAAUGACAUUAGCAAUAUGUCUCCCGUAAAGCCAUGUAAGCCUCAAGAUGUUGGACAACCGAUUUUCGAGCUUAGCUCCCCUUCUUUGCAACGAGUGUUCGGGUCUCCACAAAAAUCCCAACGAGAAACAAGUUUCGCACAAAGACCCCGGCACCCAAGCUCAUCUGAUGCAGAACCAUGUCUCAAGGAAAAUACUAGACACAAGAUACUUUCAGGUCAGGGUGUUUCUCGACCACAUGUAAUGCAAUCGAGGGUUCAAUCUAUUCCACCAUGUACUAAGGUGUGUGACACUAGGGGCUCUGUGCAAGUGCAACCCUCACGUCCUUUAGGGUGUGUUGAUGAAUUCAUGGCCGACCCCCUCAAGGUGGGUGUUAAUUCCAGUGGUUCAUCUAAUUUACAUUCAAAUCAAGCUAUUGACCUCAAAGAAGCUACUGUAAAGGUGCUUGUUGAUGAUAAUGUCCAGAAAGACAUGGAGACUCAAGCCAGAGAUGAUCCAGAGAGCAAAAAAUCAUUUCCCCUUGUAAAACCCAUACGUAAGGUUGAUGGGAAAUGGGCAAGCGGACUGGCAGAAAAGAGUGAUGAAAAGCCACACAUUAUGUUUCCAGAAUUGGUUUCCGAGAAUGCUAGUGGUCUCACUGAAUCUAAUUUGUCUAUGGAAUCUGCUUUUGGUAAGCGACAUGACCAACAUUUAGUAAGUCAGGCUGCUGCCAACAUUUCCCCUUCAAUGCCAAAGAGUAAGGAGUGUGGUAUUUUGAAAUUUGAGAAGGAAAUGCUUGUUUCUUCGCCAGGAUUUCAUCACCAUGGAAUGCAAGAUAAGCUUCAAGCUGAAGAAAGUAUGCAACAGGGCAUUUGUGAUCAUACCCCUCGUUCGCUGCCUGAAUCUUUCGACAGUGCCCAGUUAACAGACAUUCAUAUUGAGAAUGACAGAAUAAUAUACAACCGAUCAAUUGAGAACCAUAUGCGAUAUGAUGGCAAGGAGGCCAAUCAACACCAACGUGACAUGCAUAGACGUCGUCUUCAAUUCGAGGGUGCAGAGGCUCGUACAAAGAUUACUGGAACUGUCAGCAGUUCUUGGAACCGUGCAAAUGCUGGUCUCAGUGCAAGGCCACUUGCCAGUCCUGUGGGCUUGAACACUUCAAAUGCAUGCACUGCAGAACCAAACAUGGCCUCCAGAAACAAGCAAGUGAUCAACUCCCCACAGCAUACAUCACCCAGAUUGCCAAUUGGCUCAUUUAAAAUACAAGAAUCUCACAUUGAUAAGGCUGAUAGGUCUGCUCCUAAAACAGCUCCGAUGCCAUCCAGUAUUGGGUUACACUUGAACGAUAUUGGUAAUGCUGUUACAGUCAACCGUGGUCUACAUACGCAAUUAGCUGGAAAGGAUCAUUUGAGUGUGCAAAGGGAGAAGUCACUGACUGGGAGCGACCGCCAUUUACCAGAAGAUUCCAGGUGUCAGUUAGUUCCAUUGGUUGCCUUUGGGAACUCUUUAGCCAAGUUAACUUCAAAGUCGGACUCUCCAUCACCUUACUCUGUUCGUACACACACUGAACUGGAUCAGCAGGAAUGUCAGGCUUCAGUGACUGCAAAUUCUUCCGGCAGUUUUCAGACUUCACAAAAAAUGAAACCUUGGGACAAUUCUCUGCUCAUUGAUCAACAUGUGAUCCCAUGUGAAAAUAAAAGGAUAGCUUCACAAGAUAUUUCAAGCUUUGAGAAGUUCGGCCAAAUGAGUCCUAGAAAGAAGAGGCAAGAGGAACCAUACCCCACUGAAAAUGAUGAAUGCAAACGUUGCAGCUGCAAGAAGUCAAAAUGUCUUAAACUCUAUUGUGAUUGCUUUGCUGCGGGAGUUUAUUGUGCCGAAUCUUGUUCGUGCCAAGAGUGCUUCAACAAAACUGAAUACGAUGAUACAAUUUCUGGGACCCGGCAACAGAUAGUGUCUCGCAACCCGCUUGCAUUUGCUCCAAAAAUUGUGCGACGUGUGGAAUCUCCACAAAACUGUGUCGAAGAUGGUAACCAGACAACGCUAGCCUCAGCCAGGCACAAAAGAGGAUGUAAUUGCAAGAAGUCUAUGUGCCUGAAAAAAUAUUGUGAAUGCUAUCAGGCUGGUGUUGGAUGCUCUGAUGGAUGCCGAUGUGAGGGAUGUAAAAAUGUUUUUGGUAAGAAAGAAGUUUGCUUUUCUGUAGGACAUGGUGAAAUCUUAGAAGUGGAACAUAGAAAAGUUGCAGAUGAACGAUGGGGGGAUCCCCAUCGCCUCUUUGACGGGAAGAUGGGUAUGCAUGAGAAUCAGGGCUACAUCUCUCACCCCGUGCAAUGCCAUUCAGACGCCGUGCCACCAACACUAUUAUUCCAGUACCCAAACCAAAGAAGGGAUACACCACAAUCUUGGAAUCUUCCAAGAAGGCAUCCAGCAUCAUCACCCAAAUCUGAAAUAUCUGUUUUAUCCCCUGGGAAUUUUAGUAGUAAUGACAAGUUCUUGAAAACAAUAGAAGGAAAUGUCAUCACAUAUGAUACAAGACCAGAUUAUCUCGAGUCAGAGAUGGUGGAUUCGUUUUCACCCAGAUGGGAUGCACUUACUGACAUAAGCAAUGUUAUGCCACUGGCACAAGAUCCUCAAUCAAUGAGCUCAUCUGAUUCUAUAUGUCUUCUGAAAGCUUCACAAACCCAAUUAUGUCAUGGGAAUGUGCAUUUCUCAGCCGGUAAGCCCAGUUCCCAUAUUCGCCAUGGUUCUCAUAUGUCUCCAAAUCCUCGUUUUGGUGGGAACAAGUUCGGUUCAGACCCCAGUUCUGACACCAGGCUGUACAACAUUCAGGAAGAAGAGACCCACUCCCCCCCUAAAGGCAGUGAAGGCAAGUUCUCCAAAUCAAGGGCGGGUGCAUCCUCGAGAAAAUAGCUUUGAUGGCUGAGGAGAUUGUGCUCUUCACCAGGUUUGAGUAGCGGCUGCAAGAGCAUAUUACAAUCAAUGUCUUCAUUCCCUCGCACUCCUGACAGUGAACCGGAAGGAAGUAAUAAGAGAGCAAGAGAGUCCUAGUUGAGGUGAAGCAUUCUAUUCCAUAUCAUUUUCUUCCAAUUCUUGGAACAUAAUGGCUAGUUUUAGGGUGGGGUUGGACGUACUGUGAAUAGCAUUUACAUGAAUUUGUGACCUAUCAAAGAAGGCUUGACAUGAAGAAAAUGGAACCUGUAUUAAGCACGCGGGCAUUGGCUCACCUUUUCUACCACAAAUUACAAAACCGAAAUAUGUAUAGGAAGAUCUUGGAUUGGCAACUCUGCCAAGAUCAUCCAUGUUGACUCGACGUAGGACCUAGCGAGUCGAUCUUUGAGUCACCGAGUCAUAAAUGGGUGUUGCCACUGUUAUCUUAAUUUAACUAUACGAUGCUUGGUCAAAAUGAAACAGCUCUCUUUUCCUGUGUUGUUGAAUGCUUACGUGGUGAGGCUACCUUGUAAAUGGAUGGCAAUGCAAUAAUCUUUUUCCAAUGUAUUCAUUGACCUU